CCCGCCACGGCCAUCUGAGUGGGGUAGGAUAGCGUGCUUAGAGAUCAACUGUGCGAACGGUACCUGAAGUGUGCAAGAGAAAGAAACCAUAAUUUUACCAAUUUUUUUGAAUAGUACAAUGCCUUCCGCACAUGACUGGAUUAAUAAUCCUCUGGGGGUUGUCGAGGGGAUGUUUGUACAGAACAACUCUAAUCCAGAAUGGCAGAAAAAAGUGGUGGACUACUUCAAAGACAAAUUGACAGAGAAAGAAGCACAGACCUGGGUUCCUUCACUGAACGACGUUCCACUUCAUUACCUGAAACCUAACAGUCUGGUGAAGUUCCGUUGCCUGAUACAAGAUAUGUUUGAUCCAGAAUUCUACAUGGGAGUUUAUGAAGCUGUAGACCCUGCGACCAAGUCAAAAAGUCUGAAAUGUGGGAAAUACAAGGAUGUCACAGAGUGUCUCCAGGUGGAGUUCAAUUCCAGAAACAGUGUCACAUCUGAAAGACAGACCUUCUACUGUGUGCCAAUUCCAGGGGAAUCUUCAUGGGUGAAAGAGUGCUAUGCCCGUUCCAGCCAGGCUCAGGUCAUUCCCUCCACCUCAUACACUCCCAACCGACACAAACGCAGCUAUGACGAGGAUGAUGACAUGGACACACAGUCACAAAGGCCAAGGGACUCAAACACAGGAUCUCAAAGUUCUGGUGACUCCCAAAGAAAUGGAGACUCAAAACGGCAGGAAACGGAAGCUCCCUCCAACAACACCACCACUACCCAGAGCUGCACCUCCCCUCUGGACUUGAACUACCCCUUACCAGAGGAGCAAGGCCCGGCCUGCCUGGUGAAGGUGUACGAAGACUGGGAGAGCUUCAAACUGAACGACACAAUCGAGGUGUUUGGGAUCCUGUCUGUCGAUCCUGCCUUGGGCGGAGUGUCUGAGGAAAAAGAGCCCACGUCACUACUGGAUCCCAUGGAAUCCAUGGAGACGGUGGAGGAGCAGAGAGCUCACAGCCCCCCUCCUUCUCUGGUGCCUCGCCUCCACAUGGUUUAUGCCCUGCCCCUUCAGCACAUCAACCCACUGCUGCCUUCUGCUGUGUCGGAAGACAAAAACGCCUUUGUAACCAGUUUCCUGAGCGAGCUGGGCUCCAUCAGGUCGGAGUUUCUGGCCUACCUCACGCACAUCCUCCUGGGUGACGCCCUGGCUGCAGAAUACCUGCUCCUCCACCUCGUCUCCAAUGUGUAUGCCCGGCGGGAUGUUCUCCCCCUGGGGAAGUUCACCCUGAACCUCAGCGGAUGUGCCCUCAGUGCCACCUACACCGAGCAUCUGUACCGGAUCAUUCAGCAGCUCGUGCCGUCUUCGUACCGUCUGCCAAUGAGCCUCCACAACAUGAACAGCAUGCGCAUGGUACCGCGGAAGGACUACGUGGCCAAUCGGCUUGUUAGCGGCGUCCUACAACUGGCUAGCAACACCUCGCUGUUCCUCGACGAGACCCAGCUGGAGCAGGGCCAACUGGACGCCUCAGGUGUGCGGAACAUCACAGCGCUAGGCAACCUGAUCUCCUGGCAGAAGGUUGAUUACGACUUCAACUACCAUCAGAUGGAAUUCCCCUGCAAUAUUAACGUGCUGGUCGCGUCAGAGGGACGAUCACUGCUACCUUCUGACUGCCAGGUGCACCUGAAGCCCCAGCUGGCUCCACCCAACCUGGGGGAGUUCCUGGGGGCCAUCCAGGCAGCCCAGGCGCCGUCCCAGAUGAACAGAUACCGCCUGUACCUGAGCGUGACCCGCCGGAUGGACUACAGCAUCUCAGAGGAGGUCACAAAGGCAGUAGAGGAGGAUUUUGUUGAAAUGCGUAAGGAUGACCCUCAGAGCAUGUCAGCAGAGGACUUGCACAGAAUGUUGGUUGUUUCCAGGUUGCUGUCUCUUAGUUUUGGUCAGACUACCCUCUCCACAGACGUGUGGAUGAAGACCAAACAUCUUGAGAUGCUGCGUAUGAGCAGAAUACAGCAGCAGAAAUCUGUUAAUGGUCAUGAACCAUAGAGACCGUUGCCCCUGGUUACUAAGGCUUAACUGUUACCUCAGCCCAGUUGAAAAUGAUAUUGAGGACUGUUCUGUACCAUUAAUAAAAUGAUUCAUGUUUAGUACAAA